AAAAUAGCUCGGAGACUUACAUAAGCGUCAAGGGACUCAGGGACUCGCCAGGGGACCGGCUCCACUCGGGACUCCACGUUGACAGGACCCUUCCGAGAACAGACGGCGAUUCUGGAAAACAGGAGCAGGAGACCCGGAGACCAGGAGGGCAGGAGGGCAGGAGAACACAUUCUCGCCGUACGUACUCUCAAAUACCUAUAUCCUGAGCCAAUCGAUGAGGCCUUGAUACUAGACCUAAUACUGUACUCAUUCUCCAUAUUCUACUACAAUAAUACACCCGCGAGAACUACUGAUCCACUUCCCCCAAACGGUUGUCCCGGCCACGCUUCACUUGCUUGUUGACUGCACCCGUCAUCCGCCAUCAGCAGCCUCCAAACUUUCCUCCUUUCGGGUCGCCUAACGCCUCUUCCUCUAGUGUUUUCCUUCCUUUUCAUUUCUUCUAGAAAUACCUUUCUCGUCUGGUUUGGCUUCGAAUCAAAUCAAAUCAACCCGAUCUCUCGACCUGAUCUACCUGACACACGAACUGCGCCCCUCCAGCGCAUCCCAAGUCUCGAAGCCGACCCGCUCCCCUCUCAAUCUUGGGAACCGUGAAUCUCAGCAAGGCUGCAAUGCUUGCACGUUCCUAAUUUCUCUCACUUGCUUUCUCUUCCGCUUCCCUUCUCAUCCUCUCCCUUCUUCCGGCAAAUUCUUCGCGACAAAAUAUUGUCAACAAAGAUACCCUCCCCCCCCACACCCUAAACGGCCGCAUUGCAACCCUCGCAUCCCGCAGAAACCCUUAAACCCUGAUCUUCCCCCCCUUCCCGUCUGGGGUCAGCCGGGCUUUGUUGACCUCCAAAUGGACCACGACGACGACAAUAUCCCCGCACCACCGCCCCAUCGCUACGGGCAAUCCCUCCGAAACAAUUCCUCCGUCACACCCGGCGUAGACAAUCUCGGCCCUACCUCAGUCGGCGGCGGUAUUAGUGGAAUCGCCCUCGGAGUCGCCAACAGCCACGAUCGCCUCAGCGGCGUCGACGCAGUCCGCGGCAUGGAUCAACAUGACGGCUUCUCCGGUCCUGCCGAGCGCGGUUAUCACACUACCGGCUCGGACAAUCCUUAUAUUCCAUCAUAUACGCCCGGCUUGACUAGUUCGGAGUCCCUGCGACCAGAGCAGUCCUAUGGCUCGAAUAUGCCGCUCGGUGGGGCGGCAGCCUCGCCGGGCUUGCAAACACCGGGACAGUCCUCGAUCCAUCUGAGCGAUGCGAGCUCCCAUCGGCGCAGUAUGUUGGACCAGUACCCUGGUUCUUACAAUGGUGGGAUCGUGAGCGAUGGACCGUAUCAGCGACAGUCGCAGUACAGUACUGGACAUGUACCCGCCGAUAUCAACCCCGACGAGAUCGCCGAUGACGGCGAUGAUGAGUUUAUGCCUCGAUCGCGGAAUGCAGCUGCGCCGGCUGCGGGUGCUGCGGCCGGAGCGGCCACCGGGGGUGUUCUUGGUGGACUGUUUAAUCGCGGCGGCAAUGCGAAUCCACAUUAUGGACCUGUGCCGGGCGGUGGCUUGGAAGCUGGGGGUCAAAGUGCGGCGGCACAGGAAAAGGCCGCAGAGGGUGGGGGUAUGUCUGCUCGUAAGAAGCGUGGAUUGAUCGCGGGUCUCGUUCUCGGCUUGAUCGUCCUGGGUGCGAUCAUCGGUGGUGCUCUGGGUGGAACGCUGGGAACGAAGCACAAGGAUGGAUCGUCAUCGUCGUCGAGUGAUAACUCUGCGAACAGCGACACCGCGCAGAAUGGAGAUCUCAACAAGGAUUCCGACGAGAUCAAGGCGCUGAUGAACAACGCGGACUUGCACAAGGUCUUCCCCGGCAUGGACUACACGCCAUGGGGGGUUCAGUACCCGCUGUGCUUGAAGUAUCCUCCCUCGCAGAACAACGUCACGCGCGAUCUGGCCGUGCUCUCUCAACUCACCAACACCGUUCGGCUUUACGGAACGGACUGCAAUCAGACCGAGAUGACCCUGCAUGCGAUCAGCCAGCUCGGUUUGACGGAUAUGAAGGUCUGGCUCGGUGUCUGGAUCGAUUCCAACUCGACCACCACCGACCGCCAACUCGACCAGCUAUACAAGAUCCUCGACGAUACCAAAGAUACGUCCAUUUUCAAGGGCGUGAUUGUCGGUAACGAAGCGCUGUACCGUGCUGGGAGCGACACGCAGUCUGCGGAAACGAACCUGAUCAGCUACAUCAAAGGCGUAGCCUCUCAACUGAAGAAGCGCAAUCUGAACGACAUGGCCGUGGCCACGUCCGACCUCGGCGACAAUUGGAAUGCCGACCUGGUCGACGCCGUCGACGUGGUCAUGUCUAAUGUCCACCCCUUCUUUGCGGGUGUCAACGUCGACGUCGCUGCGGCCUGGACCUGGGACUUUUGGCAACAACACGAUGUCGUCUUGACCAAGGGGACGACCAAGAAACAAGUCAUCUCCGAGGUGGGCUGGCCCAGCGGAGGUGGGAAGGACUGUGGGUCAAGCCCGACCUGCGACUCUGAUACCCCAGGCUCGGUAGCAAGUGUCGACAACAUGAAUACCUUCAUGUCCGACUGGGUCUGCCAGGCUCUGGAGAAUGGCACGGACUAUUUCUGGUUCGAGGCCUUUGAUGAGCCCUGGAAGAUUCAGUAUAACACCGCCGGCAAAGAGUGGGAAGACAAGUGGGGACUCAUGGAUUCGGCUCGUAAGAUCAAGUCGGGUCUCAAGAUUCCUGACUGCGGCGGCAAGACUGCCUCGUAGGUUUCUUGUGUCUGAACUUUUGUCUUAACGGGAUCACGAUCAUGAAAAGUACCUCUCACUCUACUCCAUCCGUCUGUAUAUUCGCCUCUUAUUCACGUCUAUCCUUUCAUCUCUUGCUCGAUUCCCCUCCCUGCUUCCAUCAUGACCCCCUUCCAUCCUUCCUUCGCCUGCAGCCUCUUGUCAUUCCCUCUGCCCUCGUCAGUUCAUCCCACCUCCUCCAGUCAUACCCGUUCAUGCCCGUUGGAGCCUUCAUGUAUUCUGUGCCUCUAGUGGUAUUCCAUACCCAGCUGGGCAUCUCCAAUCCUCAUUGUUCCCGUUCCUAUUGGGCGUUUUGAUGCGCUACCUAUUGCGCUUUCUUGGUUCAUGAACUCGUAUCUUCUUCUCUUUCAUCCCCCGCCUGGGAUGUUUAUUGCAUUGGACAUUGUUUUUUUGGUGGUGGUUCAUAGUUUGUCCGAGUUUAUUUUGUUGCGUUGAUUGGGCUCUUGAGAUGUACAUAUGGCCAUUAAUAUUGACCACACCUGGCUUUGUUCUGGGUUGUUUCUGGACGCUGGAUAUACGUAGUUAAGGUUUCUUCUGGUGAA